AUGCCGUCGUUUGUCAAAAAAAGCAGCAAGAAACAGUCUCCCUCAACCACUGAAGGAAUAUGGGAUAAUUUUAAAGAUUCGGACAUUGAAGGCAGUGACGAUGACGAUGAUUUUGAAAACAAUUCGGAAAAGUCCCAAACUAAGCGCAUUCGUGCGGGAAACGCAUUUCUUUCUGUUGAAGACGAACCGUUUGUGGAAGGCGAGUCCGACGAAGAGGAUGACAAUCAGUGGAACUUUACAGAAAAAAAAGAUGUGAAAUGGCGCCAUGGUAGCAUUCAGGAAAAAGAUUUCGGAUACAAACGAAUUUACGACGACGAUACGGCCGAACAAUAUUUUUCACCUUUGACAUACUUCAUGAAGUAUGUUCCAGAGGUCUUGCUUGAUGAGAUGGUCACAUUCACCAAUACCUAUGCGGAACAAAACAAAACGAAGAAGUGGAGACCCACUAACAACCUGGAAAUAAAACAAUUCAUCGGACUUCAAAUCAUGAUGGGAAAUUUGAAGCUCCCGCGCAUCGAAAUGUAUUAUGGAGACGAGCUACAAUACAGUGACAUGAAGAAAAAGGGGCGUGGAAGUUCUGAAGAAGUGGUCAGCGCAGAUGGAUCGGUAACAUGUGUGAAAUGGUUCGACAACAAAUGUGUGUCGUUGGCAUCAAACUACGUUGGAGUGGGACAAGUCGAUACAGCACAUCGAUACGAUAAGACUACGCAACAAAAAGUAAACAUCAAUCGGCCACAGAUAGUCCGAGACUAUAACAUCAAUAUGGGAGGCGUUGAUCUGAUGAAUCAGAUGAACGAAUCCCGUCGAUCGAAUCAAUUGUCUUACUACAAAAGACGAGCAAAGUCGUUGCAGGAAAAAGUCAAGACAAAUAAAUUAACUGAUGCAACAGUGCUCAGUUAUUUGAAAACGAAAUUCAACGACCAAUUGUUAGAAUUCGUCAAAAUGCAGCUGAAGAACUGUGGACGGUCAAAACAUGGAAGACGCUAUUCGCCUAAGCAGAAAAGCCUUUGUUUAGCCAUGUAUAAGAAAGGACCAAAAAGCUAUCGGUUCAAUGAAACAUGGUGCUGCUUGCCAACAAGACGAACAUUGGGCAGAUACAGUGCACAGCUAAUUUUCCAAUCUGGAGUGGACUAUAAAGUAUUGGCUGCAAUGAAAAGUAUCGUUUUGGACUGGCCCCACAAAGACAAAUUUUGUACAUUCGGAUGGGAUGAGGUGUCGUUGAACGCACACCUGGACUACUGCCAAUCGCUAGACAAAAUAGAAGGUUUUGUUGAAAUGGGGCGAGCGAAUAAGCCAAUUUUCGCCACACACUCUUUGACCUUUAUGGUAAGAGGAAUUGAGGUGCCAUACAAGCAAUCCAUCGGAUACUUCUACACAAACGGAUUGAAGUCGUUCGAAUUGGCUGAGCUCAUUAAGUUAAUGAUUGGAAGAGUGCAAAUCAUAGGACUGAUGCCGAUCUUGUCCGUAUGCGAUACAUGCAGCACAAACGCAACCGCGGUCAACGUCCUGGUAUAUCCCAAUACUCACCAAACCAAACAAAGUGGAGACUUGCUGCAGUACAAAAUAAACGGACAACUCAUCACUCAUACAUACGACCCAUCACAUCUGAUAAAGGUGGUGCGAAACAAUUUACAGACCAAGAAUUUGGCGCACUUUGUAACCGAUCGAUGGACACCCGGCUUAAAAGAAUUCGAAGAGAAACUGCAAAUCGCAGCUUGGAAUGACAUCGAUAAACUUUAUCGCAAAGAUGUUCUUUCCCCACAACGCUUGGCGGAGGCAUUGUCUGAAGAGCACUUGAAUCCCAACAAGCUAAAAAUGAAGGUUUCAAUUGCGACUCAAGUAUUCAGUAACACUUGUGGAUUAGCCAUGAUGCAAUACGUAGAACGUGGAAUUCUGCAGAAAGAUGUUGUCAGCACCGCGAAUUUCAUUUUUUUCAUGAAUGAUCUUUUCGACAGCAUAAAUGGAUCCAAUAAUCAUCCUGGCAAUUCCCUCAAAAGUGCUGUUACACCAAACUCGUUGCACUUUGAAUUUUGGGAAUAUGCAUUGAUAAUGCUUGAAAAUAUGUUCUAUGUGGACAAAAUUGAUGGCGAAAGAAAUGACCGUUCAUCUGUGUUGAAAAAAUUUGAGUCUACAAUUCGCGGAUAUCAAGAAGUUGCGAAGACGUGUUUCAAGGCCAACAUCCCGAAACUUAAUAUUAGAGACACGACUCAGGACGGCCUAGAAAAUUUUUUUGGUUGCAUUAAGUCGUGCAAUUAUAGUAAUACAACGACAGCCAGCCAGUACAGAACUGGCUACACGACGAUGGUGAUCAAUAACAUAACCGGUACAAAUUCGCUGUACUCCAACUGUCAGCCUGAUGAUUCGGAAUCUAUUCUUACAAACAUUCAUGAGUUCAUUUCGGUGUGUCAGGAGCAACCACAUGACCCAGUCUAUGUGUCUUAUCCUGAACCGAAACCAUUAGGCUGUGCCGAUGAAAAUUUCAUCGUGGAAUCUGAAUCGGAAACGGACGAAUUUGAAUCAAUGAUUUCUUUUGAUCUGGAAGUGGAAGACGAUAAUACUUCCUCGAUUAUCCAGUACAUUCAAUCGGAAGCAGACGACUCGAUUAAUCAACACCAUCAAUUUCUUGAAACGAAUUCAAAUAUGUCUCAACUGAAAGUCAUUUCAAAAAUUUCAUUUUAA